GCAGGUUACAUUAAAUGAAAAUGCAGGGGACAGAACCAGUCAGGCAACUAAGAGAGCGCAGUGUGAGACGGCGCCAUGAUAUACCUGCUGGUGUUAACCUUGAUGCUCCUGGUGGAAAUGGAUCCUGUCAUUGAGGCAACUGUGCAAGACAGGAGACGUCCAGGAGCUGUGGCACCUGGAAACAUUCUCAUCGGAGGUCUCUUUCCCAUUCACGAUGGAGUGGAAAAUAUAGGCAAUCUCUCUGGUCCCCAGAACCCCACCUGUAUCGGCUUCAGUCCCACUGGUCUAACCCAGUCUCUGGCCAUGAUCCACACUGUGGAGAAAGUGAACAGCUCCCCUUUACUAAGACACUUGGGUGUCACUCUGGGAUACUACAUCCACGACACAUGUUCUGAUGUCACAGCUGCUCUGCGUGGUAUGGAGGACUUCAUCAAGAGACACUCGGAGUGCAGCUCUACCAGCAGGGCAUCCCAAAAUUCUCAACACAUGACAGCUGUAAUUGGUGCAUACUCCUCCGAAAUGUCCAUCGCAGUAGCAAGAGAACUUAACUUGGAGCUAAUUCCACAGAUCAGUUAUGCAUCCACAGCCGACAUUCUGAGUGACAAGAGUCGCUUUCCCGCAUUCUCGCGGACAGUCCCCAGUGACGUGCAUCAGACCAGUGCCAUGGUCAAGCUUCUACUGGCCAACCAAUGGAACUGGGUGGGUGUAGUCUCUACCGACGGAGACUAUGGUCGCUCUGCCAUGGACAGCUUUGUGUCACAGGCCUUGGAGGUAGGCAUCUGCGUGGCCUUCAGAGAGAUCCUCCCUGACUCCAUCACCAACAAACAGAGACUACAUGCUACAAUCAGCCAGACCAUUACAACCAUCCACACCCACUCCAAGGUGAAAGUGGUGGUGUCGUUUGCCAAGCCAGAGCACAUGAGUCGCCUGUUCAGAGGGCUGGUGAGGAACCAAGAAGACCAGCAUGUCUGGGUGGCGAGUGACAACUGGUCCACUUAUGAGGAAGUGCUGAGUCACGAGGACCUGUACCACAUCGGCUGGGUGGUGGGGUUCUCGUUUAAAUUCAGAGAUGUCACACCCUUUGAAGAAUAUCUGCUGAGCCUACAUCUGAACAGUGAGAGGAAUAACUCCUUCUUGAAAGAGCUCUAUUCCAGCUUCAGAGAUUCCCAUAAUAUCAGUGAGGCAAAUGUUUCAGCUAUAACAGAUCAGCUAAUUAGGAGCACACCUCCUGGUGUGGUGUUCAGCAUUGAGAUGGCAGUGAAUGCGAUUGCUCAAGCGGUAGCCAAAUUGUGCAGCCACAGAAACUGCAGAGUCCCUGGAGCCAUCGAACCUUGGGAGCUGUUGCCAAUACUGAGGAAUAGCACUUUUCAGAUAGAAGGCGAUUCAUACACCUUUGACGAAAACGGAGACAUUAACUUGGGUUAUGAUAUCACCUUGUGGGAGACAGCUGAAGGACAACUCAAAACCCAGAACGUAGUGGCUGAGUAUCACCAGCUCAACAGGAGCUUGACUAUCACAAACCUCAAACUAAACAUAACAUCAAGGUGCUCAGACAGCUGUGAGCCAGGCCAGUUCAAGAAGACUACAGAGGGUCAACACACCUGCUGUUAUGACUGCAUUGAUUGCGCUGAAAACCAAUACACCAACUACACAGACAUGGACCAGUGCUACACCUGUGACAGCAACACAGAGUGGGCAGAUCCUGGAAGUUCGGGGUGUAAGCUGAAGACUCUGGAAUUUUUCCCCUGGAAUGAUGGCUUUGCAGUGAUGCUGUUAUCUUUGGCUGGUAUUGGUGUGCUUGUGGUUGGCCUGGUGUCUUUUCUGUUCCUCUGGCACCGUGACUCUCCAGUGGUAAAGGCUGCCGGUGGACCCCUCUGCCAGCUGAUCCUCUUCUCGCUGGUGGGUAGCUUCAUGAGUGCGGCGUUCUUUGUGGGGAAGCCAACCAACGCGCAGUGCAAAGUGAGGCAGGUGCUCUACGGCCUGAGCUUCACGCUGUGUGUGUCCUGCAUACUUGUCAAGUCUCUGAAGAUCCUCCUGGCCUUCCACAUGAAGUUGCUGCUGCAGCAGGUGCUCCGGCGGCUAUACAAGUCGUACGUGGUUGUGUGUGCCUGCGUGGCGGUGCAGGGUGUGAUCUGCACAUGCUGGCUGCUCCUGAAGAGCCCGCACAAAACGUUCACUCUCUACACCAAAUACAUCCUGGAAGAAUGCAAUGAAGGGUCAUAUGUGGCAUUCGCAGUAAUGCUGGGAUACAUUGCCCUGCUGGCUCUGCUGUGUUUCAUCAUAGCUUUCCAGGGUCGGAAACUUCCAGAAAAAUACAAUGAAGCAAAGUUUAUCACUUUUGGCAUGCUCAUCUACCUUAUCGCCUGGGUCAUCUUCAUCCCCAUCUACAUCAGCACCGAUGGCAAGUAUCUCCCAGCUGUGGAGAUGGUGGUCAUCCUGAUCUCAAAUUAUGGCAUUCUAAGUUGCCACUUCCUUCCAAAAUGCUAUAGUAUCAUCUUUCGAAAAACUUACAACACCAGAGAUGCCUUUAUGAAGAACAUUUAUGAGUAUUCUAAAAAGUGCACAUAUACUGUUGGGGACAUAAUCCAACCUGAGGCACAGAAGUAUGCAGAACCUUCUUUCUACUCCAUAACAAGCCUACCCUACUUCACAGACCCAGUGGCAGGAACCAAACCAGCUAUGAGGCCCAAACUUAUACCCCAAAACCAAACAAACUCAACCCAAAGCCACCUUGAACCCAGUCGGAAAAGGGCAUUAAGUAUUUGAAGACCUUAAAAGACUCACUACUCAUGUAUAUUAAUCUAUGUUUAAAUAGGGAGCAUGAAUGUUUAUGUUUUUCUUUGUAAUGUAUCAAAAGCAGUAAUUUCAUAUUUAGAGUAAAUAUUUUAUCUAAAACUUAUAUUACAAUUAUAUUGCUAUGUUUUGUAUUACUAAGUGAAACUGUGGAGGUAGAAACUGAGCACUUUAAAAACACAAAAUACUAUACAAAAAUACUGCUAUAUUUUUUAUGAGAAAAAUGACAUGAUUAUUUUAACAAAUAAUUAUAUCAUACAAUAUGAAAUAGCUUAAGCUAGAAGUCCCGGUGUACGUAUAACCAGCUCUAAUACUCACUUCCAGCAUGAAUGCCAGAUAUUAGUACACCUCUCAGGGCUUCAGGCCACAUUUGUGACAGAGGAAUGAAGGCAAAGAUCGUGCCAGUAGUGUUAUUCAGAACAAUGCCACACACUGGAAGUCUCUACUAUGUGGAAAUGUUUUAUGUGUAGUUUUCCAUUCCAUUAGCCUUAGAAUAUAUGCUGCUUGUCUGGUUUGAUCAUACCAAACAGCAAUUACUGUUCAUUGGGUGAUCAGGUACUUAAAUUACUUUAUAUCAUUUUUCAAGUAAUAGAUGAACAUCUUUAUCUCAAAACUCAGUACUUUUAAAGAAGUGAAAGGGUUAUUAGCCAAUACUAUCCAUGAAUUGUUUCCUGGUUCUAAAUACUGUACAAUAAUAUGCAUACCAAGCAUUUUAGUUUCAAAUAUAAUGUGACAAAAUAUGAGAAAAUGAUACAUAUCUACUGUCCCAUACGCACUGAAAAUGUCCUUCACCUUAGAGUAAUAGUUCUUUACAGCCCGUGUGAAAGGGCAUUGGAGAUGAAUCAGACAGUAAGGAGAUUGUAAUCACUGUUGCCACCAACUUGAGUGUCAUAGGACUCCUGUGACUUGCCCUGUCCUUCAAGGUUUAUUUUCUUGUUUUUUAGCUUGUUUAUGCUAAAAUGACUUGAGCUUUGUUUUGUCUUUAGCAAAUGAGUCAAGGAAAAUCAGUCACGAAGGGAGUCUCGGUCUCUCUUCCGGGUAGUGACUCCAAUGUACUGUAGUUAAAGAUAUAGAGAUAAUAAAAAUUGUAAUGUAGUACAGGUACAGAAAAUUGUACAUAUCUUCAGUCUUAAAAACAGGCAAUCCCUGCUGACUUGUAGAACCAUGGUUUGUUUGUAUAUAGGGGCACGCUGACACUAGAACCAUAUGAUCUUAAGAGCAUAUUCUGCAUUUGCAUGUGGAACGUGUGAAUGUAUAGAGGAAAAUUGCAGUGGUGAUCUAGAUCCCUUCAGAUUUCUAUACUUGCAUUGUUGAAACAGGUUGCAAAAAACAGGAUUCAAAUUAACAGAUGUAUGACAGUGCCAUUUAGAGUCCACCCCCGAAACCUUAGAAAGUCCACCUUAUUCAAGACAGUUUUUCUGAAACAAGAUACUACAAGAAUUUUCACAAUAGCAGAAGCGACUGACGUAGAACUAGGCAAAUAUUUUGUAGGGUCAAAAGACCAAAUAAGUAUACAGUAAUAUGAAUGGUCAGGUAAAACAAUCACACCUCUGAAGCAGCUCACCUUCAGGAC